AUAGGAUCUAGACUGGCACGAGGUUAUGGAGCUCAUCCUACGCCUCUAUGAAGCUCAAUUAGGAAAUAAGAGGGAGAAAACAAGGGAAAUGGAAGAGCAGCUGAGGGCUGAUAUAGCUGCCUUGGACGCAAAGGAAAAUGAGCGUUUGAUGCUUGUCAGUGAGAGGGAUCAGAAGCUUGCGGUCAAAAAAGCUGUGGACAAAUUGGUGUCUGAAUUUCUUCAUGCAGAGGAUGACAAGAAUUUUGAUACCCAGAAAGGUAUGAAGGAGGAGAUUGUAGCUUUGCUCAGACAUCACGAUGGCCGCAACACAGCUGGAUCUGACGGCAGCGUUAACGGAGAGAAUACUGGGGAGCUUGAAAACGCUCAGAACCAGGAUGAACGAAUCGGCGUGGGGACUAUUGUAGGAAAGGACUGUUACAGCGGAUGAUACUAGCUACUAGAAACGGCGGUGACUACGGUGGCUCUGAUUAC